ACAAUUUUCAUUGGAGUGGGUCUUUAAAGCCUUGUUUCAACUGAGCAGUACAGUACGGUAAGGUGUGGUAUGGUCCAGUUAAUUCUGGUGAGCGUUUCCACUUAGUUGGAUUCCACUUAGUUAAGCCUCGCUUCCACUGAGCGGUCUGUUUUUACUGUGUUUGCGUGGUGUAGACCGCUAGCGUAUCGUGCGUCAUUGUAGUGCGACAAAGAGGAAAGCAACAACAAGGGCGGUCAUCCAGCAGCUCGUCUUUUCAUUGCUUUACUUCUGAUGCAUCCUGUAUAGCAAGAAUUUUAUUUAGUUUGUAAGAAGAUUGUGGGCAGCUAAGAAGGCUUACAAAAUUUGCUGACUUUAGCUUUAAUGAGCGGCGCUUUCUAAUGUCGUCAUCACUUUCUGCCAAAUCAACGGUAGCCACAGUGGCUCCGCCCCAACCGUUCCAUUCCACUUAUCAAUGGACCUCCAAUCGAUAGGGGCCCUCAAGAGGUUCGGUCCGGAACUUUUUAACAGAAAUGCUCAAAAUACCGGUCAGUGGAGACUUUAACGUUUGGAGUGGGGUCAUCUGGACCCCACAAGACAGUGCGCUGAACCUUUUUUCUUCUUUUCUUCAAUUAUUUGUGAUCUUCACUGGUGUCUCUGGAUUACACGAAAUCCCCUCCACCUUUAUCCACCUUUGUCAUGGGAGGGAUAACAUGUCAAUGUAAGGGUGGGGUCAUUUUGACCCCACAAGGUAGCACAAGGGAUACUUGAGUAUGAGUACUACUACAGACCACGCGUGUGUAGUGUAGGAAGUAUACUAACUAAAUACUUCUUCAGACUAAAUUUGAACAUUUGAAGUUUGCUAUAGAUAGUAUAUAAAAAGUCGACUUUAAGUAUACCACCCCACUUUCAGUACAGACUAAGUAUAUUUGGAUUUCCUUUUUCCCCUCCAUGAUAUUUCAGUAAAGAUGUCUGCAUAUCUGUGCAAAAACGUGAAAAUGGCAGAAAAAAAAACAGAGUAGUUUAGUGAGACUGAAAGGAGCUGCUCUGCACACAGUUGAAAGAGUAAACCCUGGGCGUGUGCGCAGAGGGAACACCAGCCGGGACAUACAUAUGAUGCCUCAGCCUGAUGACGCAACAGGUUUACUCAAUCGGCCCUGAAAUGGUGAGGGACAGGAUAAUACAUGCAGGCUUUCUUAUGACCAAAAGCGGGCUGCGGACUCUGUCACUCACAGCUGUAACGUGACAUGGUUACUGUCUUCUUCUUUCUUACUUCCCCCCCCCUUCUUUCGGCACGAGGAAAUUAGCUUCCCGGGACCCACGCGACCUUUAAUGAUGGCGCACGUUCGGCUUCUGCUGGUGUCGGUCGUUUUCAGCGCGGUGGCGCGAACUUCAAAGGCGGCUUCUGAACCUGGGGUUUCCACGGACGCGUUCAAAGACAGCAGGAAAGUUCUUACUACAUCAGGAAAAGAAUGCAAAUUUCCAUUUAGACAGGGAGGAAGGAUCCAUCACCACUGCAUCUCCUCUUCCAGACCCUGGUGUUCUCUCACGCACAACUUUGACCGGGACCGGCUGUGGGGCUUCUGUGCCUCAGAGGAAAACCAACCAGAGGUUUUUCUUCACUCCCCCCGGCGGCUCGGUGAUCCGUGCCGGCUGAAGCCGUGUCAGAAUGGCGGCGACUGUAGGCAUAUCCCCGACACGCUCUCCUUCGAGUGCCUCUGUGCGGAGGGCUUCGCUGGAAGACUGUGCGAGCAGAAGAAAUGCUAUGAAACCACACACUUGCGCUUUUAUGACACCGGAGAGUCUUGGGGACGGAUUCACCUGCGGAAUGUGGAACAGUGCACGUGUGUGGAGGGGGAAAUCCAGUGUCAAAGAGUUCCCUACACAACGUGCCACUCAAACCCUUGUCAGAACGACGGAACGUGUCGUCUGAUCACCUCCACGGGAAAGGAGGUGUGUAGCUGCCGGAGCAGCUAUGCCGGUCCCCACUGCGACCUUCAGCCGAACACAGAGUGCUACAAGAGCAGGGGCACAGCUUACAGAGGAGUGGUGGACACCACGGUGUCCGGCGCCCGCUGUCUGCCGUGGAACUCAGAUCUGCUCUAUGACGAGCUGCACGUGGGCACAGUGGUUGCGCCCAACCUCAGGGGCCUGGGCGAGCACGGCUUCUGCAGAAACCCAGAUGGGGACCAGAAGCCGUGGUGCUACACAGUAAAUGACAGCGCCAUCUCCUGGGAGUACUGUGAUGUCCCUACUUGUGUGAAGCCUUCGUCUUUUUCUCCGAGGACUUCGCCGUUCAGGGUUUCUACAACUGUGAAAAAGCCCACCUCCACCACAAAAACCAAAAGCCCCACGUGCGGGAUGAAGCACAAGAAGAGGCUAACGCUGCCCAGGGGCCGAAUCCUGGGUGGAUCGUCAGCUUUGCCAGGUAGCCAUCCGUGGAUGGCAGCCAUUUAUAUUGGAAAGUCAGACUUCUGCGGCGGCAGUCUGAUCUCUUCCUGCUGGAUCGUCUCUGCAGCUCACUGCUUCCUUAGCAACCCCCUGAAGUCGCAGCUGCGCGUGGUGCUCGGCCAGCACUUCUUCAACAACACCAAAUUCCUCAGUAACCACUCGCGGAUCUUCGAGGUGGAGGACCUCAUCUUACCCAAACACUUCUCCGUGUUUAACCCGACGCUACACGACAUCGUUCUGAUAAAGCUGAAGAAGCAGGACGGGCGGUGUGUGAGGAAAAGCCCCUUCAUCAGGCCAAUUUGCCUCCCAGAGAAAAACAUGCAGUUCCCUGACGGCUACUGCUGCACCAUCAGCGGCUGGGGGUACACGCAGGAGAAAGCUCGGGAUUAUUCUCCACUGCAGGAGGCAAACGUUCGACUGAUUCCUCAUGAAACCUGUAAGAAACCGGAAGUAUAUGGAAACCAUGUGACGAGUGACAUGAUCUGUGCGGGCCUGGACUGCGUGGACGCAUGCCAGGGUGACUCAGGAGGCCCUCUGGCCUGCGCGAAGGGUGACGUGAGUUUCCUGUAUGGGAUCAUCAGCUGGGGAGAAGGCUGCGGGCGCGUUGGGAAACCCGGAGUUUACACAAAGGUGGUGAAUUACAUCGACUGGAUACAGUCUGUGAUCAAACGCAAGGCCAAAGCUUCAUGAAAGCACCAAACGGACAUUAUAGAAUAUCUCUUUAUUGCAUAAUAUAUAUAUAUGUGUUAAAAAUAGUUUUUUUAUGAGAUGUUUCUCACUGUGAACAAUGUUUCUGACUGAAUAAACUUUUUAUGACUUGA